CUUUAAUCUCCUUUCCUCCUCUCCGGUUGCAUUCCCUGGUAAUUCGACUCGGACUGCGUCCCUAGCUGUCAUGUCUCGACGUGCCACGCCGUCCCAGGCUGCUCAGAACCAGCAGAUCAUCAAGAGUCUGUUGAAACUCGACCAGAACAAGACAUGUGCCGAUUGCAAGCGCAAUAAGCAUCCGCGAUGGGCGUCAUGGAAUCUGGGAAUCUUCAUCUGUAUCCGGUGCUCGGGCAUUCAUCGCGGCAUGGGCACCCAUAUUAGUCGGGUGAAAUCCGUCGACCUUGACUCGUGGACGGAUGAACAACUGCAGAGUGUUGUGAGAUGGGGCAAUUCUAGGGCAAACAAGUAUUGGGAAGCGAAAUUGGCUCCCGGUCAUGUUCCCUCUGAAGCGAAGAUCGAGAACUUCAUCCGGACAAAGUACGAGUCUAAGCGUUGGGUCAUGGAUGGUCAGAUGCCCGACCCUUCGACCUUGGAUGAUGGGGAUGACGAUGUGCCUCUUGCAGUAGUACAGGAAAAGGCGAAACUUGAGCGCUCCGCUUCUCAGCGGGUGGCGACGGCCAGUCAGCCUGCAGUCCAUCGCCAGCAAGCAUCCAUCGACCUCUUCGGCGACGAUAUCUCCCCUCCCGCGCGUCCCAGUACCACAGAUCCCACCCCUCGGGCGCCUCCCAAACAACCACAGUCGGCGCCUGCUCCUAAGCCGGCGGCCCGUCCUGGAGAUUCGCUCCUGGGACUGGACUUCUUCGGCAGCACUCAGCCGGCCCCCAGCAGUCGGCCAGCCAGCAUUGCGUCGACUCCUGCUGGUUCCACCGGAAUGUCGAGACCCGAUCUGAAGCAGUCUAUUCUAUCACUAUACUCGAAGGCUCCGCCGGCUCCGGCGCAUCAUGAGCGCACAUCCUCGUUCGGAGAUCUUGCCUCUCCCCCGGCUCGCUCCGCAUCGGCCUCAAACAUGGGUGGUCUGACUGAUGCUUUUAGCGGAUUGAGUAUUCCAUCAACCACGUCCCCUCCGGCCCCCAAACCCGCCGAGAAACCCUCGCCCUUCGCCAAUUUGGCGAACUUUGCCAGCAUAAAGUCCACACCGGCAGCCCCCAAGGUCUCUUCGCCUACUGCUUCCGUUAACAGCGGCGGUGGCAGUCUUUUUGAUAGCCUCACUUCUCCUGUCGUGCCCCCACCAAAGCCGCUGUCCCGUACCACAUCAGUUUCCUCCAAUGGGUUUGAUGCGGGAUUCACCAGUUUUGCGUCUCCUCCGCCUCCCAAGCCGAACCCACCGCAGUCGCCUCUCUCCAACGAUCUGUUCGGACUUUCUUCUCCGGCCCCAGCCGCGCCAGCUGCCGUCUCGCCACCGCCGUUCGCAUCGACCUCUCCGCAGGAUCUGAAGUCUGCUUUCAACCUCAACCCCGCUCCUGCCCCAGCUCCGAAGCCCGCUAGCACCACGGCGUCUGUCGCAAACGUGCUUCCCCCCACGACCAUUGACCCAUGGGGAGGCAAUGCCUGGAGUACGCCGGAACCCGCGCCUGCGGCUCCCGCUGCUCCAUCUUCGAUGAUGAAGGUCCCCGACACGCUGACUGCCAAUGACGUUGGUGGAGGCUGGGGCGCCCCGGCCCUGUCUGCGGGUUCCAAGCCGGCGCCAACUGUUGCGGCCGAUGAAGAUUUCGGCGGAUGGGCCAGCGCGGCACCGAUCUCGUCUACCACGACCAACACUACUACGACUAAUAAGAACGCAUCCUCUAAACCGGCGGGCGGGUUUGGCGGAGCCGACGACUUGUUUUCUAAUGUUUGGGAGUAAGGCCUUUGGGUCGGCUCGCAUCCGUCUACUUUGCACAUAUCGGUGUUUAUCGUCUAUCUUUUAGACUUCAGCGGCAGGUUUCAAUGUGAUCUCGUGUUAUUACGUUUCCUUCUCCAUUUUUACAGUGUCUACCUCCCUGUUUUGGUAUCUUGUUUCUCAUCACUCAUGACCAGGGAUGGACAUUGCAUUUGGAUUGUAAAAUGGGCGGGGUUAUGGAUUCAUAAGCUUAUGUAGUCAUGCCGUACGUGCUAUGUUCUUCACACUGGUGUAUACGAAGUAGAGCAUCAUGAUAUGAAUUGCCUCGG